UUGGUCACGAGAGAGAAACGUAGAGAGCGAGAGAGAGCGAGAGAGAGGCCACGACACAUUUGUUUGCGAAAGACGCAUUCAUUACAGUGCUGUUUGAAUCCUUCAAGGCAAGGACUACAAGGUGGUUAUUUUCUCUGGGAGUAAGGGCUAUGAUAGGAAGUACAAAGGGAAUACAGAGAUGACAGCCUUGGUGGUGAGAUGGCGUUUCAUCUGAAGUUCAGGACAUGGUGACCCCUGAGACGAUGGAGGAUAGGAAUGGAGUUUGCCUUGUGGUGGAGGACAAUGAGGGGGAUGCUCAGAUUCAAUACACCAAAUCUCAUCCACAGGGCCGGCACAACAGCAGACCUGACUGGUCAAAUGGUCAGUGUGUUGCUUCAGUGCCGAGCUCCUCAAUGCUAAACCCCAGGUUUGAUCUGUCCCAGUGUCAUGCACAACUGGAGAGGGAAGGCUUUCAGAUUCCAUUUGAACACAUGGAGACUACACUGAAAACAGCUCUGGAUGUCCCUUCAGUCAGGAGAUACAUGGUGUUCAACUCAGCUCAGUUCCAAUUUAUAAUGGCACCGUUGCUGUAUGUAGUGUUGUGGUGUGCUGUGUUCUCGUCCCUCCGCCUUAUCAUCACUGUUGGUGACUUCUGGGUCCUCUGUCUCUCUGUCAGCCUGGUCUCCAUCAUCCUCACCACAGUCAUCAUCUUCAUCCUUCACCACAGUAACAAUAAGGUCAACGUGAAUUUAGAUAUUCGGUUGGUCCAGGUCAACGAGAUGUUGGUGAGACACAAGCUGCUUGUGGGCAUGGCUGACUGGGUGGGAAACUGCACUGGAAACAUGAAGCUGUACUUUGUGUACUGGGACAUGUCCCCCUGUUUGAGGGCCUUAACUGAAAGUUUAGAGGAGCUCAGCUUUGUGACGACUGACACCCAGAACAAACUGAAGAGCAAAAUGUCCCACCUCGUUCUGGUGACCAAGGCCUCAGCCGGUGACCCUGAGGCCCGCAGCUCAGAUGUGGAGGAAGAGGGCUCCGAUGAACAGAGGCCUCUGCUGGGAAAUGGCAACAGCGGCACCAGUACCUCAUCCAACCAGCAGAAGGACACCGAACUCACCACAAACUACACCCUUGUCCCCGAUGCAUCUUUACCUCCUCAGGCUAAAGCCUACCAGCUCCUGAUGACCUACAGUGCAGCUUAUGUGAAGCUUCUGGUGUCUGAGAGGCUCUCAGGACCAUCACAACACAGACUCCAGAGGAGUCAUUGCACUGCUGCCCCCCUCUGCCUCUGUCAGUACAUCAAACUGAAGCUCCUUAAAUAACAGAGCAAAGCAAACCAGAAACACAGAGCAGCUGGAAUACACAUAUGUUGAGACUUAAACAAACUGGCAUAUGGGAGCAGUUUUCUUUGACGUCAGUGUGGAUUAAGAACAUUUUGAUUCACAGAAAGACUCAUCAGGAUCUUUGGACUCUUGCCUUUCUUGGUUUUAAGUUUGUCUCUCUCGCUGUACCUUGGCUGUUGUUCUCUUGCCAGGUCUGUUUGCACCAGCUGGAUGUUUACUCAUUUGCACGCUGCCAAACGCUGUCACAGCAGAACACAGGUCCGUCCAGCUGCUGUAAAACAAUGUUUGUGCUCAUGUCUGCACAGCAAUCAGCGUAAGGAAUAAGCACUGCUUAUUCCGGUUUACAUGAUUUGCACAUUUAUUAAACGCAGGUUACAGUAUAUGUGUAUAUAUGGAUUUUUCAUGAGUAAAUUUUUUUACUAUUUCCAUUUUAUGUUAUUUUAUUAAUCUGUGUCACUACAUUAUAGAGGGAAACACUGUAGUGCAUUUGCUGUACAGCUGCAAUUUUCCCAAAAUACUGCAAAGUACUGUUAAAGAUUAAAUGAGCGAUUCUCCAUCAUUUUCCUUGUGACCACAGAAAAAGUAGUUUCUACUCCAACAAGUCCUAAACCCGUAACCCUGAUGACCCCCAACCCUAACCCUAAUUUUUUAAAAUAAAUUUCCCAAGUCUUGGCAAUCAGGGGACAAAGACUGACACAUAGUAAACUAACUGAUGAUUUUUGGUCAUCAAAACAGUAAAUGAAAAUGGCAAAGCAAUUUCAUAUUUGCCUUUAAAAUGCACUGAAGCAUUAGCUAAUUGUAGUUAACUGAAUGAACUUAUUGUACCACAGUAC